AUGGAGGAAAGGAACAGUAGUGGAGAGCUCCUACCAGUGGAUCUAAACAUCCCAGACUGGGGCACUAACAUCACAGCACCGAAUGGAAGAAACCACACUGGAAUUCCUCUUUGUGACAUCAUGUUCUGUACCAUGAUUUUCCUGUCCCUCAUCAUUGCCCUGGUUGGACUGGUUGGGAAUGCCAUAGUGUUGUGGCUUCUGGGAUUCCACAUGCGCAGAAAUGGCUUCUCUGUCUACAUCCUCAACCUGGCCGGGGCUGACUUCCUCUUCCUCUGCUUUCAAAUUGUACAUUGUAUUUAUAUUAUUUUGGACAUCUUCUACUCCAAGACCAUUGACACACCUCUGUUUUCUUUUGUUGUGUCAAACUUUGCUUAUCUUUGUGGCCUGAGCAUGCUCAGUGCCAUUAGCAUUGAACGAAGCCUGUCUGUCAUGUGGCCCAUCUGGUAUCGCUGCCGGCGCCCGAGGCACACAUCAACUGUCAUAUGUAUCCUGCUUUGUUUUUUGUCCCUGCUGUUAAGCCUCCUGGAAGGAAAAGGAUGUGGCUUGCUACUUGAUAGUCUUGGCCCUGAUUGGUGUCAGACAUUUGAUUUCAUCACUGCUGCAUGGUUAAUUGUUUUAUUUGUGGUUCUCUUGGGGUCUAGUCUGGCCUUAGUGGUUACUAUCUUCUGUGGCUCACACAGGAUUCCUGUGACCAGGCUGUUUGUGACCAUUGUUUGCACAGUGCUGGUCUUUCUGUUCUUUGGUUUGCCCUAUGGGAUCUAUCAGUUUCUCUUAGAAUGGAUUGAAAAUUUUGAUUAUGUUGUGUCUUGUGAUUUUUAUUCUGUGACACUAUUUCUCUCCUGUGUCAACAGCUGUGCCAAUCCUGUAAUUUACUUCCUCGUUGGCUCCAUUAGGCAUUGUAGGUUCCAGAGGAACACUCUCAAGCUCCUUCUGCAGAGAGCCAUGCAGGAUACUCCUGAGGAGGAAGAAUGUGAAGAGAAGAGUUCUUCAGAAAGAUCUAGAGAAAUGAAAAGAGUCUGA